UUCACUGCAAGACAAGGGUUAAAAAAACCUGUCCACAACAACUGUAAAAAAAAAAAAAACUCACUGCUGUCUCGCAGUCCAAAAAGAAAGAAGACUAUUUGGAUUCGUUGACUUUGACUUUAACAAUGACCGUAUCGUUACGCCGUUGACUUACCCGCGCCUUAAAUAUCCACGUGUAUUUUUCUCAUUGGUCCCGACAAAACCGUCGGUCACGAUAACCGUUUUUAAAAACACCGUCUUACGAAAAACCCAAUCGCUUCACGAGACAAACGACGAACAACGACAUUGCGCGUUCUUAUCUUUCUGGGUUUUUGUUUAUUUAUAUUACUCUAUAUAAAUAAAAAUACCCAGAAACGUAAUUUCGUCGAGUUCAAAAAUUCAUUUCACAGAAUAAUUUCUUUCCAUAAAAAGAUUCCAAGAUUUUUUGUGGAUAAUCAAUCUUCUCUCUUAAAAGAAUCUCAUACCCGUCGAAUCUUCUUCUUCCACCUUUUUCUGGGUUAUUAAUAUUUUCCCUGCAAAAAGAUUCUCAAACUUUUUCCCGAUCUUGUCAACCAAAAAAAUGGCGAUCAAGACAAAGACUAGUCUGAUUCCAAGUUGUUCAUCACCGGAGGAUCUAAAACGCGUUUUGCAAACGCUAGGUUCAAGCUGGGGAGAUGUAGUUGAAGAUCUGGAACGUCUUGAGGUUGUUCCGUUAAAAGGAGCUAUGACUAACGAGGUUUAUCAGAUUAAUUGGCCUACUUUAAACGGCGAAGAUGUUCACCGGAAAGUUCUUGUUCGGAUCUACGGUGAUGGCGUUGACCUUUUCUUUAACAGAGAUGAUGAAAUCAAAACCUUUGAGUGUAUGUCUCAUCAUGGUUAUGGUCCUAAGCUUCUUGGUCGCUUCUCUGAUGGUCGUCUUGAAGAAUUUAUCCACGCAAGAACUCUUUCUGCAGAUGAUCUUCGUAUCGUAGAAACAUCUGAUUUCAUCGCUGCGAAACUAAGAGAGUUUCAUAAGCUUGAUAUGCCUGGUCCAAAGAACGUUCUUCUCUGGGAAAGACUCAGGACUUGGCUUAAGGAGGCUAAGAACUUGGCUUCACCAAUAGAGAUGGAUGAGUAUCGGUUGGAUGUUAUGGAAGAUGAAAUCAAUUUGUUGGAAGAGAGACUUACUAGGGGUGAUCAAGAGAUUGGUUUCUGUCACAACGAUCUCCAGUACGGAAAUGUCAUGAUUGAUGAAGAAACCAAUGCCAUUACAAUCAUAGACUAUGAGUAUUCGAGUUUCAACCCAAUUGCUUAUGACAUUGCAAACCACUUCUGUGAAAUGGCUGCUAAUUACCAUUCAGACUCUCCUCAUAUUCUGGAUUACACUCUAUAUCCAGGAGAAGAAGAAAGGAGAAGGUUCAUCAGCACAUAUCUUGGCUCUACAGGGAAAGCAACAAGUGAGGAAGAAAUAGAGAGGUUAUUGAAUGAUGCAGAGAGCUACACUUUAGCAAACCAUAUCUUUUGGGGCUUAUGGGGAAUCAUCUCGGGACAUGUGAACAAGAUUGAGUUCGAUUACAUGGAAUAUGCAAGGCAGAGAUUUGAACAGUACUGGCUUAGAAAGCCUUUGCUGCUGGAUUUACCUUGAAGGAUGAAGCAGAUUUGCAUUGAAAAGCCGAUAUAGAACUAAAAGUUUCUGCAAUUAGAUCGAAAGAAAAAGAGAAGUUAGGUGACUAUAUAUAUGUUGCUAUUGUUGUUACUCUCAUCAGUUUAUGUGUGUUUCUUCCCUUGUAUAUAGAGGUUUGUUAACUUUCGAAACAGUUAAAUUGAGUAAAACUUGUUUUAAAGAAAAUUAUUAUACCAUCAUACAUGAA